GACCAACUCGCUCUCUCCGCCGGUCACUCCGUCUCACCGCCAACAAGUUCCUCGGUGUGUCUUGUCCUAGCACUGCAAAUCUGUGUUUCGCGAUCACGUGUUUUUCGGGACACACGCUCGCAUUCUCGUCAUCCCAGACACGUCUGCGUCUGGACUGUGACGUCUAAAGUCUCUGGACACUUAUUGAUUCGCAGCCACGCCAAACUCUUCUUUUCAUGCCGUGCAUCCCCUGGCGUUGAAACAGGGCAGCAGCGUCUCGAGUUUGACAGAGAAAACCAGCGGCCGCUGUGCCUCGUGUUUCGCUGGCUUCCCUUCCCUUUUUUUCUAUGUCCAGCUAUCUUCUGGACAAAAACUUCCUCCCGCACCAUUUGCUAUUUCGCUGGCAGGUGCCUUCUCAUUUUUCGGUGGCAGCACAGACUCCAUCAUCUUUGGUCCUGCGCGUUGGCGCCGACCGACAACCGAUGCGUCCACAACGCCGCAGCCAUUGCGUACGCGUCUGGUGUAUCGGGAUUCCCUCUUCACGAAAGUAUAAGUAAAGGAAAGCUAAAAGCGAACCUGUGAGAUACACCUGGGUUCCGUUUAGCUAUGGAAAUCACCCUGCUGACCAAGACAUCAGUGUAGCUUGUGCGCGGAUCAAGCAGGCACCGGUGCUAGGCCUUCGUGACUUUGGCAACUCGUGCGUUUCGGUAUUUUGCAUUCUCCAUUUGGAACGACGAAAAAGUGUAGCAUCGCAUACAAAAAACAAAAGACAAAGCAACAGAUCCGCCUCCCGUGAGUCAUCCGGGGCCAUUUUGCCCAUCUCUCGGCACUCACGCUUAUCGUCCUUACGGAGCUAUGAGCUACCCACCCGUUAGGGGUUGUCUUCAAUCUGACCUGCGAAACUGCCUGUUGACCCGAUUAGGUCUCUCAUCUCCUUAAACUUUCCGUGUCCUGGUUUCGAUUAUUUGCCGGCGGUGCCUCGUGGUGGAAAACCCUCUACAGAUCCGCAAGAAGACACACAAGCCUGAAGUGAGAAUCCACUUCGCUGGAUGCCUGAGUUCUUCGCGGCUGACGCCUCAGUCUCAGUUUUUUUAUAGGAGACUCAAUACUUUUCACAGGAGAGAGAUGCAAGAGGGCAGAGGGGCGACCACAGACGGAAAUGGCCGACGAAGACAGUGCCUCGCUUGCCGCCUGGGAGGUGGUGGGAACCGAGAGCAGCCAACCUGGGCGUUUACUUCAAAGUGAAGGAUCUGCUGAAGCGCCCGCGCUCCUUCCGCAGAACCAUAUUUUUCGUUUCACCGAACAAGAUGGGGAAGACUCUCCCCGGUUCCAGUCCUGUGUCCCGGCCGAAUCUGGAGCGGUGACCGCGCCCUUCUCGCCUUUUUUCGAAGUGCCGCAUUCCCCGCAAGCCCGUUUGCAGCCCGACUCUGGCUCGCUGCUCCGCGUGGACGCGAAGCAAAUUCCUCAGUUCCUCGUCACGCGGCGGGUUCAGGGCGCCGAAGGCGACGGGGGAAAAAGUGAGGGAAAGCCUCCGCAACAAACAGAGAAUCCAACCCAGGACCAGGAGAAAAGGGAAGGCGUACAGGAGAAUGGAGCUCGCGUCGACCAGAGUGCGACAGAGGCGCCGCAGAAAGACACCACAGAACCGGCACAACCCGAUGCCAGACAAGAUUUCCGGGCAGACGCCGAACUGGCUUCUUCUGCUGAAGGAACCGGCCCUCCCUUGGUGCGGGACCCUAAAAUCCCACCCGCCGACUUGUGCGCUAUGUUCGCGAAUCUCUCUCUGAACCACGUGGACGAAUCCCCGUGUGUUUGUGAAACCUCGGUGAUAACGCGCUCGCGACUCACCUCCGGCAACAGAGUCGCCUCUGACAUUCCAGCCUGUUCCGACAGACAGGCUUCUGGACAAAGCGAGUCAAGUGUGUCGAGUGGCGUUGAACGGAGUUGCCACGCACGUACGCGGCUGCACACAGAGGAUCUUACGGAGGCCUUUGCAGAACUCGGGAACGCAACCUCUGCAGCGGGGCACGAACACCCGCACGGAUCGCCAGUACGCACAUCUGAAAACGUACCGACUUGGGCUGUUUCCCCAGACCCUGACCUUUCUCCCGCCGCUUCGCCUGAAGGCGGCCACCAUGCAAUUCUGUCGCAUAAGCUGGUCGCUCCUCCACUUCAUGUGCGUAGUCUGUCGAGGGAAGAGGUCCCCCUUGUCUCAGUGGGGAUAGAUUUCGCUGAAGAAAAAGAGACCGCGGUGGUGCCUGUAGGCCUGCGAACACCGAGUAGCUUCUCUGGGAGCGUCUCCCAGCAGCACAGGCCAGGCGCCUUCUUGAUGCGGCCUGAAGAGGUUCCGCUCUUUGAUACGCACAUCAACUCGCUUGAUGACUUUGUACAUGUCGUGGAGCAAAAGGAGCAAGAGGAAGAGGCCACACGCGCCUGUCUCUGCAGCGCGUCGGAGGGCGAAGCCGAAGGCGACACGUCGGUACUACAGCUCGACGACAAGCUCCUCCCUUGUACCUUGUGCAAAAGGAGCUUUGCCGCUUGGAGACUGCCGCGACAUGCCCAGGCGUGCUCGCGUGCGAGAGAUGCGCGACUGGCUUUUCUGCGUCGGCAACGCCUCCAGAACCCUCGAGCCUCGAAAAUUGUGGGCACCUCCAAUCCAGAAUGUGUCUCCCUGCAUGCGCAUGCCAAGAAAGCAAGAAGCAGUGGCUCUGUCGCCCCCGCGGGACCGCAGAGAGCCGCGCAAUCAGAGGCGCCUCCGUUGUCCAUAGAGCCGAUCGACGCAGAAGCUUCGGGAGAUCCGACCGUCUCAUGGCGCGCAAAUCCGACGCUUGUGGAGGCCAUCAGGCAGCUGCAAAGCCCCCGCGGGAACGACGCCAGGGAGCUAGAGAAGGAAGCUGCAAGGGCGGGGGAAAAUGAUCCCGAUAUUCGUGAAGGUUAUCAAGGCCUCUUGGACACUGAGCUAGUGCUCCCGGUGGAGAAAGCACCUGAAGCAUCUAAGACGCAGGCAGACGCCGAAGACGGCGCACACAAUCCGGCCACUGUGAAAGAAGAAGCAGAAAAAACCGGCCCAGACCCCGAGCGUGCAUCGUUCGAAACAGACUCGUUGCUGGCCGACGCGACUGUCGCGGAGUUGGAAGGUCCGGCAGUGACUAUCGCAGGCGUCGGCAACUGCCUCUGUGCGUCGGUCUCGUCCGCCCUCUUCGCUUCUGGAGAGACUUCUCUCUCAGUUUCCCGCAGAGAAGAAGCCACAACAGAGGACAGCCUCAUUGCGGCAGAUGUGCGCUUGCAAGGCAAACCUGGAAAGACCGAAGAGCUUCUUCGCCAGGACCCGGAGGAAAUCGUCCUCGCGGAGUCAGCGCGCUCGCUCCCUCCAGACACGGGGAGGUCCGGUCCCGUGGCACUGACUAUCUUCGCCCGUUCCUCGCCUUCCCCGUCCGCCUCGGUUUCUUCCGAAGACGAGAACGAAGCCCCGGAAUCCCCCCGAUUCCUCGAGAGACUCUCCCACUCUGGCGCGUCGAAUCAAACUGGGGAGGAAGUGAAUUCCGCUGAGGAGCGGUUUCUUGAACCAGGGAUGAAUGCAGUGACGCCUGUGGCCGCUGUGUCUCUGACGCAUUGUCUCGACGUCCAGGCCACACUCUCUGCUUUGCCGCUUCCCUGGGAGCUGGAGGGUGAGCGGUGGGAACCUGAAGAGCUGGAGACGAAGGUCUGCACAGAGGAAGACGAGACGGAUCUCGCGGCUCUUCAUUCGCCUAAGAUGCAUGCAGAUGAGGGCCAUUCUCCCUCUCGCAGAGGCUCCCCGGCAAAAGUCGUGUGCUGCUCAUCCCACAGCUGCAGUCCGCCUUCUCCACGGUCGCCAUCGGUCGCUUCGCGCCAGGACUCUCAGUCCGCCUCCGCUGCGCCCAAAGCCGGGAAGACCGCGCCGGAGAAGCCACGCACGGGUGUUGGGUCUGUCGCCCUCAGACGGAGAGAAGCGGUAAAGAGGGGAGAGGCUUCACCGAAUCCUUUUGCUUGUGCAGAGGAGUCUGUCCAGAAAAAGAGUUUCAAACAAAAGGCCGCAGCCCUCGCGACUCCGCGCACGCAGAAGCCGGCGGCUCACGUCUAUUCGUACAACCCGACACCACAGACGGCGAAGAAAGACGGCUUGAAGAGUGUUCGUCCCGAAGAUCGAUGGAAGCUCCAACCUACAGCUACCUGCCCCUUCUGUUCGAGGAGUUUCUGCGUCAAAAGGUUCGAGGGCCACGUGCAAGUCUGCGAGCGUCUGCGCUUCACAAGGCCCACGGUGGCGAAGAAAGCGCCGGAGGCGAAGACCGUCGAACAUAAGAAGGAGGGCGUUGUGUCGCAACCCGCCAAGCGCAUUCCAAUUUGGAUGCGGGGAACAGUCGCGAGGGGAAAGGGCGAAGAGAAGCCGGAGAGCAAGCGAUCUGUCUCCGCGGCAGCGAGACGCCCAGGGGUUUCCGCAGAGAAGGACGCGGAAGAGCGUCGCGACUCCCAGAAGGACGAAGAGAGAGACAGGCCGGGGGCUCUGCCGGUGACGGCGAGGUCCGACCAACCGGACGGAACCGAGCACGAGGGGAAAAGGCGUCCCGCGAAAGCAGAUCCCCAGGAAAGAAACAGCCUCAAGACAGAGCAAGACUCCAAAGCAGGGCGACUCUCCUGUGGCAGGGUGGAGCGCCCUGGUACCAACGACCGCGGGGAGAAGAACGCUGGCCAGACAGGAAGGGUCGGACAGUCGCAGGCAAGACGACAUGAGGCCGCUGCAUUCGAGAAGGCCAGAGACGACAGUUUGCCUUCGCUGGGUAUCGAAAUGAAGCGUGAAGCUUCCCUUUUUCUUGUCCCCGUCCAGCAAAGCGAGGUGUCUGUGUCUCCAUCGUCAACUACAGCGUUGAGUGAGGCCCUCCUACAGAUAGCCUCGGCGCACCGGGCGGCGGAAGCGCGGGCAGACGAUCAGAGGAGACACGAGAGCGGCGAAAGCCGCGUUGCAGGUCAGCGUUUAUCUUCAGGCCUCAUCAAAGACUUGGUUUUUCAGCUCGUGGUGAUGGGAAUACAGGCGACUGAGGCGGAGCGCGCCGCAGAGGAAGAGGCCCGGCGUCAGUCGAGGUCGCACGAGAGUCCCUUCGUCUCCGGUUCUCGGGCUGCUCCAGGUCUCUUGGGGUGGAAAGAUCUCCUCUCUGACGUGGGUGGCGCCUCGCACGUUCAGGAGCCACAGACAGACAGCGAAGCGGGCGAGGCAGGGAGGCAGUCUUCCGUCGGAUGGAUCCACGAAAAAACGGAGAGGAGAAGCCUCGAGGGCGGUCAGAAGCUUGUGGCGCCUCCGACAACGUGUAUAUCUUUGGAGAGCCGGGAGGCAGGGAGGCAAACCUCGGUGCCGGACUCCGGUGCCUCGGGGCAGGACCGAUGGGUUUCGCGGGAAGCCCAGGAACCGGAGAGAGACGGCGGAUGCACAGAAUUGAACAGUUUGCCUUGGGGAAUGCUGCCGCGGGAGCGUUUCCCGCGUCGGACUUCGGAUCUGAGAGAUGUGGUUUCUCGAGCAGAACUCGACAGUCACUCGUGCGCAUCGCCCGUAUGCUGCGAGGUGCGCCUUGCAGGGAGUUCCAGCGGCUACAGUGUCGCCAGUCUCGUCGACGACAGUGCGUCGGAGACACCGAGAGAUGCAGAAAGCGAAGACGAGGUGGGGGGGCUGGUCGGGUUUCCUCACUGCCAAUCCCGCGGGCCUGCAGUCGAGGCGCUGGUCCUAGAUGACGGCCUAGCCCGAAAGCAGGGUGUGAAAGAAGGAAGAGGCAAGGCGGAUGUUUGUCAGAACGAAGGACGAACGCGGGGCACAAGCAGAGAGCAAGUGCGAGAGGAUUUAACGGUUGUUCAGAGGCAUGCAAGUCGCCGCACACAUCAGGGCCACGUGGGAGCGCCCACAUCGCGCCUGGAGUCGCGGGAACUUUCGCUGCCCCUCUCGCAUUCCAGCGGAGAAGACACAGACGUUGUGCUGCCUGGCCCGGACCUCGUCCAGGAGUGUUCCAAGAGCGCCCUCAAGGACCUCAUUCGCCGGUCACGAAGGCUGCUCAAGCAGGACCGGGGGCUGGAUCCGCCGGCUAAUUCUCAGGUCGAGAGCAGACACACGUCGAGAGACGAAAGGAAUACUGAGCGACAAUGUGCGAAAGGAGGCGAGUUCAGGACUUGCAGACUUCCAGGAAGGAAUCUAGGUUUACCUAGGCAGCCCUGCGGCGCUGCAGGCCACGGGAACCUGUCGGAAGAAGGCGGUGGCCGUAAGUCCGCCCGGCCCUUCACAGGUGGAGUGGAAGACGGGAGUGAAGCUUGUCUCGCAGUCGCACACUCUUCUCAGUUUCAGCGGCGGAGUAAGAAUGGCGUCAGGAAAGAUUUCGAGGUUCCAAGAGCAAGUGAAAGUCGACUUAUACGUGCUGUCGACGGAGACAGACAAGUGCGUGCGGUCAGCGCAGACUCGGAACGAAGAUGUGUCUCAGAAGCAGACAGAAGGAUGGUAGCUCGGAGCACACAGAAGUGCAACUCGAACGUAAGUCAUCGGCUGGGUGUAUCUUUGCCCAGAUCCUCUGGUGGAUCGCUCGUGAGGGUCCACGGGGAGGAGGAGAAAGAAGGGAGCGAAGUAUCGUGUUUCGCUCGGAGGCAUGCCAAUGUUUCCUCAAGACAAACAGCGUCUUGGAUCGGCGGUGGGGCAAGGCACGGAAGCUCGAGCCGGCUCGAAACGCGGCAGCUUCAAGAGGAGUUCUUGUCUACCUCCCGAGGAGUGCAUCCGUCUUUCCCAGGGCCCCCUCCGCUGUUUUCUUCUUCUCGCGACGCCGUCAGCGCAGCUCCUGCCGCCCCGUCUUCUGGUGUAUGCAGUCAGUUGGAAAGCUGCUUUUCUUUUAGCGAAGCUCGAUACACAACCCCGACAGGGAGUGUGUCUUUUGAAGUGGAACGUCGCAGGAGACGCCCGCGCUCUUGCUUCGCAGAGACCACAGACUUUGCGGCGAGAGAUCGGCCCGGGUCGCCUCCUCAGUUGAGUGCGUGCGUCGACACGCGAGUGAAGCGGGACGCAGACGAAGAGGCGCAUUUCUGUGAGAACGGCCGAAGUGCAAGACGAGAGGUGGAACGGCAGUCCUCUGGAACCUCGCGCUCCGCCUCCACGUGGAGCCGGCAAUCCUCUAGCGCGGCGCGUUGCUCUUCUGUUUCGUCCUAUCCUGGUGAUGGCUCUCGCCCUCGAAGUUUCGUGGAGAGUCAGCCGACCUGUUCAAGUGCCUUCGAGCGCCUCGAGUUUAGCCAGUGCGACAGUCACGCUCUAUGCACUUCCCACAUUUCGUCCAGUUUCCCCGACGAGUCUCAUCAGGCCACCAGCACGCCACGGCUGCAUAGCGGAGAGGCAGGAGAUCGCGCCUGUGUGCGCGAGACUCCCUCUCGGAACACGGCAGGCGCUCCCAGGUUGCGGGGCCCAGGAGUUUUGACCAGCUCGACAGAUGGUCGACCCGAAAGCGGCGUCGCCUUAAGUGGUGAAGAGCAGAAAGAUUCGUUCCUUGGGUCCUCUUGGCACGCUUUUCAGAUUGGAGGAACGGAAGGAUUGUCUCGAGGAACCAGCCUAGUGGCAAGAGGAGUCCUGACGCGAGGCGAAGAACACCUCCUGCGCCCCCCAACUUUGUUGAGGGCGUGUCCGACCUCCAAAGACCAAGCGCAUGAUUGCAUGAUGAGGGUAGCUGCCGAAGAACCUGCCGAUUGGAGCCCAGUGCCUUCCGGAGACGACCGAGUAAACGAGUGGAGUGAAGAGACACACGAGCUCACUUGUUGCUAUCCGGAGACUUUGCCUGGAGACGGCAGUGUAACUUGUGCGGGUCCCAACUUCGUGUGGUGCCGAAACACAGCUGUUCCGCAGCCGUAUCAACCACCACAACUGGGAGGCAGGGGCCAUCCUAGAGACGAGAGAACAGUGCGAGAACUCGUCGCAGACCAAUCUGUCACCCGAGAUGAAGUCUCUCGCGGUCGUGCGUUGGGAACCUCACUUGUCCGGACGAUGCCGGGCGCUAGUCAAGUCACGCAGGUUGUGAGAGAAGGAGGUACUCAAAAAGAAGUCCAGCUGGGGAGCGUGUUAGGGGCUGUCUCGGUUUCUGUGCAGGAAGGCGUGGAAUCCAUCAAGGCGUCUUGUCAAGAGGAACACCCAGGUGUUGGACAUUUCCCGGUGUACCCCGAACAGAAGAUACGCCAGGUGGAGACCAGGCAAGGUUCUACUCAUGCCGCCUCCCUUAACCAGCCUUCUGCCUUUCUUCCUAUAACGGCGCCUGCUGGGUCCGCCGUCCCUCAGCUCUGGCAGGCUCAGCCAAUGUAUGCGAGUUUGCUUCCAACGCUUCCCGCCGAGAACGGCGCCUCUGUCGGUGUAUACUCCGGAUCCCGAAGAAUGUCUGUAGCAGAGGCCGAAGCGGAAAGCGGGGUUCUGCCGUUUUGUGUUCCCCAACAUGUAGUCCAAGUUCCAUCCCAGCCUCAGGUCGCUGUCGUCUCAUCUGGAAGGGUUGCUAGACCGGGUGAGGCUGUUCCGGCACCAGGAGCCGGAGGGCUUCGUGUUACCAGUGCCCAAGUCUCCGAAGGUGUUCCAGUCGUGCACUGGGAAAUAAAUUUGAAGACAGGACAGUGGCGAAGCCAGAGCGCCGGAACGCGACGGGAAUCAGCAUCAUCCUCUGUCCGAGGGUUUUCUGCGCGCCACGCCGCGGGGUCCAUCCCGAUUUCAAGGAUGCCUGAACGGCAUGCGGCGAGGCUCCCCGGCAUAGAGGGUCGUCCAUUUGGCGUGGGGCUUGAGAGAAGCGAGGCAGACAGUUGGUGGGAAAACGCAGGAAACUGUGGAACGCUCCAGCCCGUGUCCUCCCAUUCAGGGAAGCAGCAGGGAGUGUUUGUGCCAGUCGGGCCGCAGACUUCGCUUGCCUUCAUUCGUGCCGUCAAUUCGGGGAUCGUUGCUCCGACAACUCACUCGCAGGAACCGUCUCCGCUUCAGCGCCAACUGCAGCAGCGCCUGCUGGCGUCGAAGAGCAACCGCUGGGACGUCUCAGCUUCGAGGAGACCGCCGAGAGUGGAGGAGACGGGGACCGGGAGAUCUAGCGUGUGGGGGGUACAAAAUCUCGCAGUUGGCGAGAGGGACCUGCAUCACCAGAAGGAUCAUUUUCAGAAUUGUAGUCUUUCGCUGGUUUCACAGCCGAUCGUGGGUGGAAAGGCAACGGGGGAGUUCCCACCACCGACGCAGUGGCAGUCAGGCGCCCGCUUUGCCGGUGGGCCGGUGAAUGCAGUCGUGACGGGAACUGCGUUGCCUCAGACUUCGCAAGAUGCCAUGCGAAACAAACAGAAAACACCUUGGUAUGAGACAGAGAGUCCGAAAGUGUUGAAUUGGGGCGGGGCAAGGCUUUGUGCUAGUCGCCGGUUGUUCUCGGCAGAAAAUUAAUUUCCGGGUUUAGCGGACCUGGUUCAGGUAUACCCUCCGAUACAGAACUGAAAGAUUUAUUUUCACGCUCAAGCUGUACUCGUUGUCGGCACAGGGCUGCGGAGUAGUGGGCCUCGUUGAAAUGUUGACGGUUUUUCAAAAGUCAUCAGGUUAACUCAGGAAGUCCUCCUAGAGUCUCUCCGUAUGCCUCUCCGACUGACGUGUGUAACGGAACGCCCGCUUUUCGUAGCCCUUGAAAUCAUGUCAAAGC